CACCCCGUGAUUUUCUCUGAAAACUGCGACAGACAGAAUCGCAGCCUGCCCUGAAUUUUCUUCACACAGCCUGGGGGCAUCCAAAUGCACAGGAGAUGUUUUACACUCAGAUGAAACAAACUGUUUAGACCUAGGGAAAAGAGACUGUGCCUGAACAAAAUGAAGCAAGAGAAAGCGCCCUCCUGAGACAUGUCUCUGCUUUCGUGUUUGAAUUGCCUGGGAUUCUUUUCUCUAAUUUCUGAUCCUUAUAAACUAAAACAGCGUAGGAACAUUGAGCGUCCUGACUUUGAAGGAGUCUGUGGUGUUUUUGUGUUACCAUACAUGGGGAAUAAUGAUGUGAGGCAGAGGGAGAGGGAAGGAAUGGGAGAGCCGAGAGGGGAAGAGAGAGCCGGAGGGAGAGGAGCAGGCAGCGUUUCCUGCUGUGGGUAGGACCUCGCCCCUUACCAGUGCAGAGCUUGGCUGCAAGAGCCGCUGCGAGCUGCUCCUAUCAGUUAGAGGCUGUGGAGAGGGAGCACCAGGAGAGGACAGCCUGGCUCGCAGCCUGAGGGGCGCUGUGGGUACUCCCGGCUGGGCGCACACACUCCUGGAGCGGAUCUGCAGGGGAGAAGCAUGCCAGCCUAACGUGAGCGUCCUGCCUGUCGCGUGUCCUGUCUUGGUAAGCGCCCUCUGCGGUCCUUCCACACUGAAAGCUUCCAGCAGAGAUCAAGGGAAGGAGUAUUGUGUGAGAUUUGCAGAUUUCCUCUUUUCUGUCUGGAAUGGUUUGAUAUUUGCCUGUUGAAAAGAUUAUUGAAUGCAGUGAGACAAGAUGAGCCAUCUAGCUGCGUUCUUGUCUGUGUGUGUGACAUGUCCAGGUGUGAGGCCAAACCCGAGAGGUGCAGACUGCUCACUGAUAGACGUUGCUGUAAACGGCACUGCCCUGGGUGUCAGCUGGUCUCAGGAUCGGAGACCCCGGACUUAUUCUCUGCUCGGUAACACGGCGGGCUUCCUGCCGCAGAGUUCCUGGUUUCUGUUGAUGGCAGUUGAUAAUUGGUAGCCACAGUCUGCGGUCAGAGCCACAGCGUUUGAGUCUAGCACCUGGGGUGGGCCCCGCUGAUACAGUAGAGAGAGAGUGAACGAGGCAGACAGAAACACACACCGCCCCCCCUCCACGUUCACACACUCUCCCACACCCCACGCCGGCUAUAACUGCAGCUCUGAGCUGCCUGGAGAGGAGAUUGCCGGAAGCUGAAGGGAUGCUUUGAACGUAGGGGGCUGCGUCACGGUUGGACUCCCACUUGUAGAGGACCUGAUUAUGUCCAGUGACCACCUGAACAACAGCACACUGAAGGAGGCUCAGUUCAAAGACCUGUUCUUUAAAAAAGCGGAGCUGGAGUUCGCCCAGAUCAUCAUCAUUGUCGUCGUGGUCACGGUGAUGGUGGUGGUCAUCGUCUGCCUGCUGAACCACUACAAAGUCUCCACGCGGUCCUUCAUCAACCGCCCGAGCCAGAGCCGGAGACGGGAGGACAGGCUGCCACAGGAAGGGUGCCUGUGGCCUUCAGACAGCCCCGUACCUCGGCCGGGCGCCUCGGAGAUCAUGCAUGCCCCGCGGUCCAGGGACAGGUUCACAGCUCCGUCCUUCAUCCAGAGGGAUCGCUUCAGCCGCUUCCAGCCCACCUACCCCUAUGUGCAGCACGAGAUUGAUCUUCCUCCCACUAUCUCCUUGUCCGAUGGUGAAGAGCCACCUCCUUACCAGGGGCCCUGCACCCUGCAGCUCCGGGACCCUGAACAGCAGAUGGAACUCAACCGAGAGUCCGUGAGGGCCCCACCCAACCGAACCAUAUUUGACAGUGAUUUGAUAGACAUUGCUAUGUAUAGUGGGGGCCCGUGCCCACCGAGCAGCAACUCGGGCAUCAGUGCAUCCACCUGCAGCAGCAACGGGAGGAUGGAGGGGCCGCCCCCCACAUACAGCGAGGUGAUGGGCCACCACCCAGGUGCCUCUUUCCUGCAUCACCAGCGCAGCAAUGCACACAGGGGCAGCAGACUGCAGUUUCAGCAGAACAAUGCAGAGAGCACAAUAGUACCCAUCAAAGGCAAAGAUAGGAAGCCUGGGAACCUGGUCUGAUUUCCUCCACCUUCACUUCAGCUGGAGAAAGAAACCAAGGAGGAAAGCGGCCGCUGGGCCCCUCCUGCGCACAGUGUUGUUCAGUUUUACGUGGUACAAAUAAGUAAAACCAAAUGAGCAAACAUGGUCUUUGUUUCUGAUUCCUUUUAGGGGAAUUGCAUGCAAACUAGACUGAAAUGAUACAAACUUCCACCUGGUCUGACUGCAAACAGUGUUUAUUUGGGGACAGGGGUUGGGAUGGGGGUGUGGGCAGGGGAAAACAGAGAAAGGGAUGCUUUGAAGAUAUCAUGAAAUAAAACCCACAGAGGUAUUUGGUUUAUUUAAUUCUGAAAGGAGACUGCAGAUAAAUGAGGCCAGAAUGGCCUGCUUUAUAAUUAACUGAAUGAAGAAGGAAGGAUUAUUAUAUAUUAUUGUGGGGAAGAACCAGCCAGUUUGCUUUUUCUCCUAAGGUGUGGAACUUUUAUUUUGCUUAAAAAGUAUGAAUCAAAAUUCCUGUUUUGUGUGCCAAGGCAUAAAGUGGAAGAGUUGGAUGAAUGCAAGGAGCUCCUUUGUGUUGUGACGAUGUGUGUUCAAAGUUGCACUAUCUUAAUGUGGAAAAUAUAUACGAGGGAACUGUUUUACGUGAAGUUCUGUAUGUUGUCUUUUCACCUGUGGAUUGUCAUCAGGCCCAAGGAAUAUCCUGGAGUGGUCCCCAGAAUCAUCUAAGAACAGAUAUUUGGGAAUGUAGCCUAAUAUUUUACCAACUUGCAUAAAUCAAAAAAGUCAUUAUUGUUGCAGGAGUUUGCAUCAAAUAGCAGUGCAUCGCUGAAGCUUUUGGAGACUUUUGGAUGGAAGAUAGGGAAGAUUAAGUUCCAGCAUUUCUGACUUGUUAUUUGAGUUACUCUGCUAAUCUUAGGCUGCAUAUUUUAUGAGAAAAUGAACACAUGUGUUUAUGGAUCCAGUAUCAUGCAGUACUGCCCUCAUCCUUCAGCAGUGCAAUUUCUUCAGUAAUUUAGAUAUUUUUCACUAUAGCAUGAACUAUAUUCAAAUAUAUACCUUAUUUUAUGCAAUAAAUUGUUGAAAAUGCAAGGUGGUUAUUCUGCAUACUGUUGAAAUAUGUGACUCCUCAGUAUAUCCCCAUUGCCUCUCCCCUUUCCUCGACAGCUCAGUUCAGUUCUGCAGGGCUGCUCAGAUCACAGGAGGCUCCCAACAGCCACCCCACAUCCAGCCUACCCAGAACUUCCUGCAGGAGUGGUGCGGGUGGUGGUUUCAUAUGCUUUGGAAGCCCCUAGAAAUGACGGAAGAAUGCCGUGUUGCUGAUCCUAAUAAGCCAUUGUAUGUCACUAGUAUUAGCAUAGCAUUCUUAGAGGAAUGCAGUGCUCAAAACCUACCCGAACUCCUGCAGGAUUCUACCAAUCCCUUCUCCAGGCCAGCCUUUGUACUGAAGGCAUGGCCUGGACGGUCAGAGAACAGUGGAGGGGGCAAGUGACGUAAGAGCACAGGGUAAAAAGCACAACAUACAGUUAAAAUGCAACUAGAAAACUGAUUUUAAAUACCAUUAGUUUUAAUACUCUUGACAUUUAUAAACAUUCAUUCUUAUGUACAAUUAAAAAAAUAACUUUCUUCUGCAGACGUAAGCACUGGCUUUUAUAAGAGCAGCAGCCAACAAGUUUAGCAGACACUGCGCGUGGAGAAGGGCUUAUCUGCAGAAUGGUCUGCCAUGUGGAGGGUGGGCCUCUGCGGCCUCUGCACAUACAAGAUGAGCUGGAAUGAUGAUUCCAUGACUCCGAUCUAUGCAGCUUUAAAGCCAAAUCCGCGUGUGUGUGUUUGUGUCUGUCUGUGGGUCUCGGAGGUGAUCCCUCAGUGUGGUGGCUCUGUGCUAUAACUGGAGAGACUGUUCCAAACCCCAAGUCCUGUUUGAUCCCGGUCUGUUCCCCAUCUCUGUAGGUAGGUCGCUGGUUUUUGUUUGUUUUGAGGAUUGGAAUUUCCAUUACAUUCAUCCAUUCCACACAGUAACAUCCACAGAACUAGUCCAACUCUUAAAUGCAGAGAGAAAAAGCACGGGCACCAGUUGUCAGCUCAUGUCUACAACCCUGUGUGGAAGUAUAUUCAGUUGAGGGCCACAGUGGAGCUUCCGAGACUGGAUUCAGUCGUUCUAGUGACACUUGGAAGGCCUCUGCAGGAGAGAAACCAGCUCUCAGGGCAGAGUUCGGGGCCAGAGAGGACCUUCCCCAACCCUGGAGAUGCCCUGAAGUUUCACUGGCUCCCCGGAUUAGCCUCUCUUCCUCUGUCAGGGAAAGACGAGGAGCCCGUUUGCCCGUUGGGCCCUGCGGGCAGGGACUUGCAGUGGAUUCUUGGUCAGGUGCAGGAGGUGAGAAGGUGAUUCCAUCAUUCCAGUUCUUGCCCGCAGUUUUGGUGAAGCAGGGGACGCGCCCCACAGCCCUAGCUCUCAAAUGGCUUCAGGGUCCUUACUUCUCUACCUGCCUCAAGAAGGAGCUCAGAGCAGAGACUUGUGAAUUCCUUAGCAACACAAGUAUAUGAAUGUUUUGCAUAUGUCCACAGUAUUGGCAAGAUAAUUAUGUAAUUCAGAUACCUUUAAUCAUUUUUCAAGAAAGAGGCUCGUCCCAUUCGCCACCCUAGAGAAUUGCCUUUGUUAAAUAAAGACAAAUACAUAUCAAACCAUGACUUUGAAAGGUUUUCAAGGCUGGGACUAUGUAGUGAAUUAGUUUAAAAGCCAAGGUCAGACAUGAAUUAAUAGUCCAUUUCCCUUCAGCACAAGGAAAAGGUGAUUUACAUGAGUAGCUCUUUUGAAGUUUGUGGCUGACUUGUUCAUACCAUGUCACCUCAUGGCUAGCGUGGUAUUGAAUGAGUGGAGAUUGUGAAGAUGCAGCUGACACAGUGGGGCCUGUUGUUCUUUCAAGAAUUCUUUUUUUAGCUUAUGGAACCCAUGGGUCCAGUUUAGUAACCAGUGAUUGAGGCAAUCAAUGAUAGGUUUAUAAUCUCAGAUUAUUCCAGCAAAGUGUAGCAGCAAAGCAUUGCAUUGUUAGGAAGAACAAUUGGUGGGAACGAACACUCCUGGGCAUACUGCUGACUUUUAAAAGUCCCUUGUUGCAGGUAUAGGAGAGCCAAGGCACCUUGAAGCCUACUGUAAGAACACAGUCUUCCAGCAUAUAUUUGCUUUUUCAGAAACUCUAGCAUUCUUUUUAAAUACUGAAGCAAUCCUUAAUGAAGAAGAGAUUUCGUGAAACAAAUUAGGUAUUUCAAUAGUUGAUCUAUUUUUGGUGUCCAAAAUUUACUAAUACAGAAGCUUGACAAGCAUGUCUUCACCUUCCCAACACAUAAACACAUCGACACACACCCAAGCCACAAGAAAUCCCAAGAGAGCAGAGAAUUUUUAAAAGAUUUAUCAUGAGGACUGCAUUUCCAUUCACUCUAACUUAUGAGACAGGAAAUAGGAAAUAGGGGCCAACAGUAAAUGGGGGCGGCCUCCUGACACUAGCAGAGGAAUUUCGCACCCAGGCGAGGACUUCUUGGACUUCUACCAGUCUCCAUUUGAUUUUCUUCACCUUUAUUUCAUCUUCAUAAGAAAGAGAAAGGCUCAAAAGGAAACACUUUUAGAAAGCUUUUCUGACCUAGAAGAAUCCAUCUAAAUCCCUGCCUUCCUCUCUGAACCAACAGUUCCUAUCUCCGACAGGGGCCAUUCUCUAUCUUCCAUCUAGUGGCUCUUUUUUGGAAGGCUCUGAUGCAGAGUGCUUCAAAUAUGUCCUCAGGCCAGAUACUGGUUGCUAGCACAGAGACACACAGCACCCAGCCCUGGGCCCUCCCUCAAAGGAUGGCCUCGUGGUGUCAGUCACUUGUAGGCUCACAGACGUUCUGCUGUGGGCACAGGGAGCCUGGCCCCCCAAGCAGCCCCAACUGGAUGCGCCCCCUCUCGGUGUUGGGUGAUGGGGGGGGGGGUUGCUGCACUGUUCGCUUAUUGAAUUUUGCUACUUAGAAUGACAGCAUUAACUUUGUGUUUUAAUUUUUGUUUAAACAAUUUUUUUUUUUUAAUUUCCAAAGCUCAGCAGUAUAUGAGAGGAAAAAAAACUGGGAAAUUUACCUCGUUUCAGUUAACUUUUGCAUUUCUUGCCUAAGUGAUUAAAGCCAGUGCUUGGAGCCAAGCCUUCACGCCACGAACACGCCCCACAGCCUUGCCCCUCGCUCUCCUGCUCACACCGACCUCGAACGCCGUGUGCUUGGCCUACCGAGGUAAAAGAACAAUUGAAUGACAGGUGUAAGAGGAGAAGCUCCCCUUCUUGGUGUGAGGAAAGUCACAAAUUAAGAUAUGUUGCUUUCAGCCGAGAUCCUAAAUGCUAGUUCUCAGCAGCUGCGUGGCUUAUCUUUCACCAGUUCCACCACCACCAGCUGCCAGCACCUCCACAGAUCACAGAGAUGUGAACAAGCAAUGGGAAGCACUCUUAGCCUUGCCAUGGUCUUUGUUUUUUAGGAACCAAGAUUUCAGCAUUCUUUAAUACUCAGCAUGCUAUGUCCUUUGCAGAGUUCAUGUUAUUGCCAGGGACAGUCAUUUGCUGCUGCUGCUGCUGCUGCUGCUGCUUCCCGAACUGGGUGCAUUAGGAAGCUGCUGUCUGAGUGUAGGAAUGUCUUACUAAGAAAGCAGGACCUUCCUUCAUCCUUUUCUUUCUUCCUUCUGUGUGUCCUUGUUUUUGUGUAAUGCGGGAGAGGGUUAGAGCUAUAGAGAGUAUAUAGACACUAUCCGUGCACAUUAUAUCUAUAUAUCCCCCAUCAUGUCAGAGAUCUGCAUGUCAGUUUUCAGCAACUAAAGGUGCCUCAUGUUGAGUUCAGCAGACAUAGGAACCAAGCCGCCCCUCCUGCACUUGAUGCUCCCACCUUUGUUGUGCCUCACUUAAAAUGGUGCUUUUUCAGUUGUCUGUCUUUUCUUAUGUUUUUAUUUGUAAGGUGCUGUAUAUAAGUUGAAUAUAUUAUGCACAUAUCCUACCCAAUGGGUAGAACAAAAAGUUGUUAAUACUGUAAUAUAAUGUAUAGAUGAUAUCAAUUUUAACAGAAAUGGCAUAGAAUUUGUGAAUGCCUAUGUGCUUUGUCCUCUUUUGUAAGGAAAUUUGCAAAUGGAUGCAUACAGAUUAAAGUCUAUGUAGUUUAUUUUCCUAUUAAAUAUCAAUAUUAUAACACAAGAGAAAGAAGUGUGAACAAGCAACAGUUUAUGACCAGCGUAUACAUAGCAAUGGAAAGUUGCAUCUUUGCUGUGAAAACACUUUAAAGAAAAUACUUUUUAAAAAAAAUCCAACAGCUUUUUGGUUGCCACUAGACGCUUCUUAUUUAAUCAUUUUAAUAAUGCUCAGCUGGACCAGUGUUAGUUAUAUUUGAGUCAGAAAAAUGUUGAUUUUUCAACUUGCUUUAUAAUCUCCUGCAUCUGUCUCCUGCUGUAGCAUCACGAAGGUGUCAGGCCUCAGUGAAAAGUGCACAUUUUUGUUGUUAAUAUUGCAGAAACUGUGUCAGAGGAAGUAAAUCAGCCUGCAGCAGAGGACUUCGUUCAGCUCCAGAGGCAUCUGUUCCCGUCUGUGUCCAAGUCUCUCUGUGCCUUUUUCUUUUACAAACUGAAGCUGUGGAGCCAAUGAAGUAACAGUAGAGAUUGUAGGGAAAGAAUACCUCAGGAAAAACAAAUCCAAUUCCAAGGAGGCCCUGUUCUUGGAAAAAGGGUUUAGUUAUGGGUUAGCACUAGAAGAGGCUUGGCUGUCAGCCAGCCAAGCGAAGCUCUCAUCCAUUCCCAUUCCUGUCCCAUCAUAAUCCUGACCCAAAAAGCAAGCUUGGUUUUGCCAUCAGUUAGAAAUUACGUUUUGAAUUGUAUAUUGUUACAUCUCUCUUCCAGUUUAGUUUUUAGUGUCUGAUUAUGACCUUUGCAUUAUCUUCAAAUGCCCUAAUUUUUUUAAAAAAAGAACAAAAAAGUUUAUAACACCGUGUUCAUUAAAACCGUGGUUGAAUCUUGGGUGUGGGUAUCCUUUUGAGUGUUAUCCGUAAGGGCAGUCCAUGGAAUUUGGCCCAUCUGAUCCAUAUCAUCAGCUUAUUCUGCCACCAGAGGAUAGUCCAAUAAAUUCCAAAGUUUCUAUUUGCUCCAUGGUAUAUGUUCUGACUUUGAAAAUCACAAUGGAAUCAUACCCCUAACAUCCAGGAAACAAAUGACCGAUUAUCCUUAAACUGAAAUGGACUGUACAAUGCAACUCUUAAGGCUGAAUGGAUUAAAAGGCAGCCCUUUUAGUGUUUGUUUAAAAGGGCCGUGAAAAGUUGACACUCGUAUGUGUUGUGGAUCCCGCGUGUCUAGACCCAUGUGUUGGUUCCAUCAUGUACUGCACCCCUUGUGAUUCCACAUUAAGAACUGAAGCUCGUUACUGUCAAAAACAAAGCUCCCACACCCCAGGUUCAACCCUGUGCAAGAACUGUUGAGCAUGAGAAUGUUCUAGACUCAGAGGUGCAAAAAUUUGUUACCACAUCAUUGCUUCCUUUCUACAGAACGAAUUGAGGCUUAAACUUUACUGUUAAUUAUACUGGUUCAUUUUAAUGUGCUUGUUGGUAUGUUGCUAUUUUUCAUUUUAUAGCUUUCAUAAAUCACGUUUUCUAAUUGUAUACUUGUCUAGUUUAAAGCUGUUUUAAAAUAUGUACAAUACUAUUCACAGCAUUUAGUUCAUUUAAUUUUUAUUAUAAAGCAAUCUACUAAAAAGUACAACUGUAUUUGAACUUUUCAAUAGUUGGUUGUGAGCUAUGAUACAAGUCAUUAAAGUCUUUUUUAACAAACAUUUGUGCUUACUUUUCAACAUAAUUCCCAGUUCUAUACAGAAAAAGAUUUCCACCUGUCAUGUAUCUGCCUCUUUUACCCGAGCAAUGGUGAUGUAGUUCUUAGACCUAAGGUCUGUAAUUGCAAUACUUUUAAAGAACGAUGUUGCUCUAAGUGCUGUUCGUUAGUUAUGAAAUCAGAUUUUUCUGCUUGUUCUUAAUGCUGUGGUCAAACCAUAGCACAAAAUCAUUAAAAAUAAUCAGUGGCAUACA